AUGGCGGCAGCGACACUUCCACUCUCGCGCAGCGUGCGGGUCCCGCUCGCCAACCGCCAGAAUACAAACGAAUUUGACGACUGGGGUCCGUCUUCCAUACCUCCAACAGUGCAGUCCAACGUCCCUUGGGACGAGCAGGUCGUGCCUGCCUUGCGCAAGAAGCUCCAGGCCGAGUCGAACAACCUCAGCAAACGCAUCAGUCGUAUCCAGGACAGCGACGAGGGUUGGGCACGCUCGCGUCAAUCCAUCGACCACCGCGAUCCCCGCGCCGCUGCUUCAGACCGCAGAAUAUCACGUGAAGUGGUCCACCAUCAUCGCGAGUCCUCGAUAGACCAGUUCCACAACCGCUUUGCCUCGAUGAGAGCACCAUCACGACAGCAGUCUGGAGAUGUGGUGUCGUCCAGCUUCCCUUUUCAAAUUGCUGACUCGCAAGACAGCAAAACAGAAAGGGGUUCUGCUUUGUCUCACGAUGCUACGGCAAGAGCGAGGGAAAAGGCGAGACAGAUCGCUGCUUCGCGCUCAAAUGCAACUCAAAGGCUCAAUGGUGGAUCGAGCGCUACCAACGCGUCUUCCACCGACACUGAUGGUGGAGUGACGAAGGAAGGGAUGGAUAGCACCGUCGAUGCUAUUCCCGAGGGAAAGGUUGCAGGAGACGCGGUUCAGAGUUCUUCGGCAUCUGAAAGGAAAAGACUGCGAACGCAGUCGACUCCCAUGCGGCCAAGUUUGGACGCGAUUGAUCCGGCCUAUUCGGCCACCUCCCGACGCAGUCCGAAUCAGCCGUCGCACGACUCACAGCAAUACCAUCCGUCGAGGGACAUCACCGCGAAGCCAGGCAACAGUCACCAGAGAAGCAACUCCUUGUCGCGUCGCAAAGCAGCCAUGGAUCCCAAACUCAUGGAAGAGUUUGGACCUCUCGGAGCCACGCCCUCCCCAACAGCCAAGCUGCUACGUGCGCAUGAAGAGUUUCACCCAGCGUCACCUGCAACCCCCUCCUCCAGCCUCCGGUCUCGCAAUGUCCAACCAGACGCUUUUCGCUCACUCUCCAAGAUAGAUCAAGUACGCUAUCGCGAAGUAUCAGCGCCGCCGGCUUUCGGCCAGGACGGUGACUCGACAAUGAGCGAGUUUGGCGCCUCUCCCGGCAGCAAAAGCGUCAAUAGCUGGGAGGACCAGAUCAUUCCGACUGUUGCGAGAAAGUUGCAGCAGGAACAGUUCCUGAGGGCAGGCAUGGAGGGUCAGCUCGGCCGCUACGAGGGUUUGAUUGACACGUGGGACAAGAACGGGCUGCCACUCAGUAGGAGUGAUGUCAUCGCGAUGCAAAAGGCGAACAAGCAAAAUGGACUGCCACAAGAGCAGCAAGCCGGUAAUGAUCUAGGCGAUGAACAAAUGUUGAUACCUGGUCCAGCGCUGCAGCACAAGAACAGCAAUCUCAGUCCUGCCCAAGCGGGCUUCAGCGAGAGAUCUCGUUCAAGGGCUAGCAGUCGACGCAGCCAGCAAUCUGGACGCUCACAACAGCAGUCGAUCCAAGCGUCGCAAGCGCAGCCCGAGCCGCAGGCUCAGAAAGAUCACCUGCAGCAGAAUCACGCACAGCGCUCCCAACAAGAGUUCGUACCGAUGCAGACCUUCGAGUCCCACGCUCCGAGCACUACGGCGCAACCCAGCCAAGCCUCAGCGCCAGCACCACUUGCACAAGGUAAGCAGGGUGCCAGGGACGACGAUAAAGUUGACAAGGGUGGCUGCUGCUGCAUUGUCAUGUAG